AUGCACAGCCGUUGGGCGUCAUCACAACAGGAAGUAGGCGCGCUUGAAACAUGGCUAAGUCCAAACCGAGGGAACUGUGAAGCUCCAAUCCUCCUUCUGCUUCUACCUCCAGCGACGCAGCCCACUAUGGAGCAGCUAAACCGCCUGACACGUUCCCUGCGCCGGGCAAGGACCGUCGAGCUCCCGGAAGACAAUGAGACCGCUGUGUACACUCUUAUGCCCAUGGUCAUGGCUGACCAGCACCGGUCUGUAUCAGAACUGCUCGUCAACUCCAAGUUUGAUGUGAACUACGCUUUUGGACGUGUCAAAAGAAGUCUGCUGCACAUCGCUGCCAACUGUGGGUCAGUGGAGUGUCUCGUCCUCUUGUUAAAAAGAGGCGCAAACCCAAACUAUCAGGACAUCUCAGGCUGCACUCCUCUGCAUCUCGCUGCCAGGAACGGGCAGAAGAAGUGCAUGGGAAAACUGCUGGAGUACAAUGCUGACGUCAACAUAUGCAACAAUGAGGGGCUCACCGCUAUCCACUGGUUGGCGGUGAACGGUCGCACUGAGCUGCUCCAUGACCUGGUGCAGCACGUUUCCAAUGUGGACGUGGAGGACGCCAUGGGACAGACGGCUCUGCACGUGGCCUGCCAAAACGGACACAAAACCACAGUGUUGUGUCUGCUGGAUAGUGGAGCGGACAUCAAUCGGCCAAACGUCUCUGGAGCCACGCCCCUUUACUUUGCCUGCAGUCACGGCCAAAGAGACACUGCCCAGAUCCUCCUCUCUCGCAGUGCCAAAUAUCUCGCUGACAAGAAUGGAGUCACACCCCUGGAUCUGUGUGUUCAGGGGGGAUAUGGAGAGACAUCUGAGAUCCUAAUCCAGUACCACAGCCGGCUGUUCCUGGCGCUGAUUCAGAUGACUCAAAACGACGAUAUCAAAGAAAACAUGCUGCGGCAGGUCCUGGAGCACCUGUCCCAGCAGAGCGACUCUAACUAUCAGAGGAUUCUCAUCAGUCUGGCUGAAGUGGCCACCACCAACGGACACAAGCUGCUCAGUUUGUCCAGCAGUUAUGAGGCUCAGAUGAAGAGUUUGCUGAGAAUCGUCCGUAUUUUCUGCCACGUGUUUCGUCUCGGACCCUCGUCUCCGAACAACGGCAACGACAUGGGCUACAACGGCAACAAAACACCCAGAAGUCAGGUGUUUAAGAUGCGAGCAAAGCCACUGGAGAGAGAGGAGAAUGUGUUCCCAGGCUCUGCAGCUUUAGAUCCUCUGGAGCUGCUGUGGCACUCCCUGGACGAGUGGCUGGUGCUGAUCUCCACCGAACUGGACCGAACCAAGACGGACCCCCCGGGCUGCUCCUCCCCUGGCAGCGAGAUUGCCUCCCUACUCCUCAAACAAAGGGACGCCUCCGUGGCCACCCUAGAUCAAUCGGCGGUCCCCUCUGCUGAGCCUGACCCCGCCCCCAAACUGCCCCCGUCGCUGGUCAUGGAGGCGGGAGGCGAAGACGUGAUUUCGAUGACGGCGAACAGACUGAGCGCAGUCAUACAGGCCUUUUACAUGUGCUGCUCCUGCCAGAUGCCACAGGGAAUGACGUCUCCUCGCUUCAUAGAGUUUGUGUGUAAACAUGACGAGGUGCUCAAAUGUUUUGUAACCAGGAAUCCAAAGAUCAUUUUCAACCACUUCCACUUCCUGCUGGAGUGUCCUGAGCUCAUGUCUCGCUUCAUGCACAUCAUCAAAGGGCAGCCCUUCAAAGAUCGCUGUGAGUGGUUUUACGAGCACCUUCUGGCCGGACAGCCCGACUCAGACAUGGUGCACCGACCGGUCAACGAGAACGACAUUCUGCUCAUUCACAGAGAGUCAAUCUUCAGGAGCAGUUGUGAAAUGGUUUCCAAAUCAACCAAUGAGAAGUUGAAGCAGGGUAUUGCUGUGCGUUUCCAUGGAGAGGAGGGAAUGGGCCAGGGUGUGGUGAGGGAGUGGUUUGACGUUUUGUCCGGUGAAAUCAUCAACCCAGACUACGCUCUGUUCACUCAGUCUGCUGAUGGCUCCACGUUCCAGCCCAACAGUAACUCGUCGGUGAACCCGGACCAUCUCAACUACUUCCGGUUCGCGGGGCAGGUCCUGAGUCUGGCUCUGUACCACCGGCAGCUCGUCAACAUCUACUUCACACGCUCCUUCUACAAGCACAUAUUAGGUAUUCCAGUGAACUACCAGGACGUCUCCUCCAUCGACCCGGAGUACGGCAAGAACCUGCAGUGGAUCCUGGACAACGACAUCAGUGACUUGGGCCUGGAGCUCAGCUUUUCUGUGGAGACUGAUGUGUUCGGGGCCAUGGAGGAGGUGCCCCUCAAACCCGGGGGCCUCGGUAUCCUGGUCACACAGGAAAACAAGGCAGAGUACGUGCAGCUGGUGACGGAGCUGAGGAUGACCAGAGCCAUCCAGCCCCAGAUCAAUGCCUUCCUGCAGGGCUUCCACACCUUCAUCCCUCCCUCACUCAUCCAGAUCUUCGACGAGUAUGAACUGGAGCUGCUGCUGUCUGGGAUGCCUGAAAUCGACGUCCAGGACUGGUACGAAAACACAGAGUACACCAGCGGCUACGACGAUCAGGAGCCAGUCAUCAAGUGGUUCUGGGAGGUUGUGCACAGUUUGACCCAAGAAGAGAGAGUUUUGCUGCUGCAGUUUGUAACCGGGAGCUCUCGCGUCCCUCACGGCGGCUUCGCGCUCCUGAUGGGAGGAGGAGGUUUGCAGAAGUUCACCAUCACUGCGCUGCCAUACACGUGCCACCUGCUGCCCACCUCCAGCACAUGUAUCAACAUGCUGAAGCUGCCGGAGUACCCGAGCCUGGACGUCCUGAGAGACCGGCUGCUUGUGGCUCUUCACUGCGGCAGCUACGGCUACACCAUGGCCUGA